UUAGUUGAUUGGUAGACCAUAGAGAGAGAGAGAGAGUGUGAAGACUCUUUAGUCUUUAUUAUCCAUACACACGCGACUCAACCAUCUGAAAUUAGGAUUAGGGUUUGUGUUGGUAUCCUCCUCUCUGAUUCGAAUCGAAGCAAAAUCAAUCAGAAUUCAGAUCAACAACAAUGGCGAUGGAUCUCCAAAAAUCAAAAUCAAAUUCAAUCGACGCUGUUUUGAGCUUCACAAAACAUGUAUUAUCUAAAGAAGAAUAUCAGGAGAAGAACCUUGUCUUCUCGCCCUUGUCUCUGUACGCUGCUCUUAGCGUCAUGGCCGCCGGUGCAGAUGGCCUCACACUCGACGAGCUUCUUUCAUUCCUCCGAUUUGACUCCGUCGACCAUCUCACCACCUUCUUCUCUCAGGUCCUCUCCCCUGUGUUGUUCUCCGACGACCAUCUCUCUUUUGCUAAUGGAAUGUGGGUUGAUCAAUCACUUUCCAUUUUCCAUUCUUUUAAACAACUUGUCUCCACUCAUUACAAGGCCACUCUAGCCUCACUUGAUUUUCAGACUAAGGGUGAUGAAGUGCUCCCUGAAGUGGAUUCAUGGGUUGAAAAAGAGACUAAUGGCCAUAUUACAGACCUUGUUCCUCCCGAAGCAGUAACCAACUCAACUAGGUUUAUCUUUGCAAAUGCACUGCGCUUCAAUGAUGAAACAGAUAAGUUGUCUUCAAAAUCUGGUUUCUUCAAAGGCAAACUUCCUCGCAAAAAAAAGCCAGUACGAUGCCUCAGAAUUCCAAAAUUCAGUAUUUCUUCUACUUUUCAAGCUUCAGAUAUGCUCAAGAAGGUUGGAGUGCUUUCACCUUUCUCUCCUCAGGAUGCCGAUUUUACAAAAAUGGUGGAGGUGAAUUCUACUUCUGAUAAAUUAUACGUGGAAAACAUAUUUCAUAAAGUUUCUAUUCAAGUGACUGAACAAGGCACUGAGGCAACAGCAGCUACGGUGGGGAUUGGACGGGCACCAACAGGUGGUUUUGAGCCACCACCUUCUCGACGUAUAGACUUUGUAGCUGACCACCCUUUCCUCUUCUUGAUCCGAGAAGAUUUCACCGGAACAAUCCUUUUCAUUGGGCAGGUUCUCAAUCCCCGUCAUUGAGCUCCGGUCAAGUGAAGGUAACACGAGCUUUGGCAUAUGCAGUUAAGGAUGCCGUGCUACUUGACGUUGAGAGGACGAUGCAUGACAGUGCAGCAGCGGAAGGGGGAACAUGGGUUCUGGGUUCAAUUUUUAUGGGUUAUGGGUCAGAAAUCGGAGGUACAUGGGUUGUGGGUUCAAUUUGUACUGGUUAUGGGUUCAAUUCCUUAUGGAACAGAGAAUCUGAAGAUAAAAAGCUGGGUU